CCAAAUCAAAUUCAAAAAUAAAGACGCUCUUCUGAAUCCUCGCAGCUUCACUUGCCAAGAAUCAGCCGUCGAGGGAGAGACGAUUGCAUCAAUUCGAUCAGAUAAUCGGCGCUUAAAAUGAAGAAGGGAAAUCGCAGAUCGAAGCGAUCAAGCAUUGCCGAUUCCUCUUCUCCAUCUAAAGACGAAAGUGACCAACCAAAACAGAACCAGGAUUGCGACAAGAGAGUUCACGACUUGGAGAAAGAAAACGAAGCUCUUAAGAGGGAGAUUGAGGAAUUGAAGGAAAAGGAUGGUGCUAAAAUUUCGUCACCGAUUUCCGUUUGUGGCAGUGUUGGAAAAAGGAAACAAGAUGACAUCCAGAAAUUACGAAACCUUGAAGAACAGGUCAUGGAAUUGAAGAAGAAACUAAAUGCACAUUCUCAGUUAUCAAAGCUAAAACAAAAGAAUGGUGAAUCAGGGAGACCGGAUGAGAUUCAGAGAUUAAAGGCUCAGAAGGUUCAACUCCUAUGUAAGAUGAAGUUAGACUCCGUGCAAUUCAGGCUAUCAAAAGCUUCGCUGGAAAGAGAAGUUCUUCAGAUGAAGAAAGAGCAAAGAAGGAACCAGUACGAAAUGCGUAAGCUGUUGGCUUUGAACCAGAGACAAAAGCUGGUAUUACAACGAAAGACAGAGGAAGCUUCAAUGGCAGCUAAACGGCUGAAGUGUAUAUUAGAAUCUCGAAAGGCUUUUUCUCAAAAAAAUUCUGGCGUUAAAGCUGGCAACAAUGCAGGAAGCCAGGGUAUUGAGCUUGAGCUUAAAGUUGCAGCACGGGUGGAGGAAAUACGUUCUGAAUAUGAACGUCAAAUGGAAGAGAUGGAUUGUGAGGUCAGAAAGUUUGAGGAAGAAGCAGAGAAGCUAAGGCUUGAAAAUUACAGGUGCCUGUUGCAGGAUAAGGAAGUUGAAUGCACAGUGAGGGAUAGCGAGUUAAGGGACUUGAAAGAAGAAGUUACCAGGUUAAGUAGUUUGGUCAGUCGACUGGGAAUGGCCAAGGCACAAGUUAAUUCAAGGAACCCACAGGUAGGUGUGGUCCAGUCCUCUUUUUCAGUCGGAAGUAGUAUUGAGCUAUCAGGAACGGAUACAUAUGAAUCAGAAGGUUCAGGAGGAAAUACUGCUGUCAUGGGGAAAUCUGCAUCAGGUGUUUGCUGCUCGUGCAGCAAGAAAUCCCUCUGCAAGACAACAAAAUGUGAAUGUCGGGCUGCUGGAGGAAGCUGUGGGGCAUGUUGUGGGUGUGCAGCAUUGAAGUGCACCAAUAGAAAAGUCUCAAGCAAGGCGGAUGACUCCCAACAAUCAGAGGUAGCUCAAAAGUUGCACGUAUCCAGUUCAUCCGAGACAGGAAAAGAUGUUAUCAUGUCUCAAUCUGCUGACUUGAAUAAUGAUCUUCAACCUCUAAGGAAACCUUUGCAUGAAAUUGGGAAUGCGCAGAUGAAUUCAAGCCCUAUAAAACCUGUCAAGAAAACAAGAAAGCAGAAAUCAGCGCUGCAGCUCGACACCACUUCUCAAUCUUGCUCGCUGCCAGAAAAUGCUGAAGGCCCGAGGAAAAUGGAAAAAGUUGCCCUAGCAGAUAUCCCUUUGAAGUUAACAAGAGGGGCAAAGCGGUCAGUAGCCAGAUGAAUUUUUAUGAAGAUACCUGGUGUUCUACUCCAAGGACAGGGAACCUCGACUUUACAAUUUAUACAUGAAUAAUGGGGGGCGCGUUCAAAUCUGAAAGUGGAGUCUUUUGAAUUUCGUGGCCACAUCAUGAACUCAAUUUUUGCUAGUUUGGGUUGAGGAACCCCUCCCUUAUGCUUUGAGAUAGGCAGAUGUGAGCCCAACUUCUAUAGAUUGUAAUGAUGUUUUCCAGCUGCAUUUGUGUUUGAACUGGAGGCGAACCAUGCUUUGAGAGAUUGCAUUUUGGAUCAAUGAAAGCUAAUAGCUGAAGUUCACAGCUGCAGAUAGCAGAUA